AUGGGUCUCGGUUUCAAGAAGCCCGAUGAUGAGCCCGGUGCGGCGUGGGUCGCCAUCACCAUUGGUGUUUUUGUCGCCUUUGGAGGCCUGCUCUUCGGAUAUGACACAGGCACGAUCUCUGGCAUCCUGGAGAUGCCAUAUUGGAAAGAGACAUUUUCUACGGGAUACACAGAUGCCAACGGCGAGCCAGGAAUUAGCUCUGGCCAGGAAUCCUUGAUUGUCUCUAUUCUGUCCUUGGGAACCUUCCUCGGUGCACUCACCGCUGCCCCAACGGCUGACUUCUUCGGCCGAAAAUUGGGCUUGAUUCUGUCGACAGCACUCGUCUUCAACCUGGGUGUUAUUCUGCAAACCAUCGCCACCUCACAGCCUCUGUUCAUUGCUGGGCGUUUCUUUGCUGGAUACGGUGUUGGCCUGAUCUCUGCUAUGAUUCCUCUGUACCAGUCAGAAACAGCACCAAAAUGGAUCCGAGGAACCAUUGUCGGCAGCUACCAAUUGGCCAUUACCAUCGGAUUGUUCCUCGCCGCGAUCGUCAAUAAUUCAACAGGCCAGCGACCCGACUCGGGAUGCUACAGAAUUCCCGUGGCGUUGCAGUUCCUCUGGGCCAUCAUUCUCGUUGGUGGAAUGCUUCUUCUGCCCGAGACACCCCGUUUCCAUAUCAGAAAGGGCAACUACGAAAAGGCCAUCAAGGCACUCUCGAAACUUCGACGUCUCCCAGCCGAUCAUCCAGGCUUGGUCGAAGAACUCGCAGAAGUUCGUGCCAACCAUGAGUAUGAGAUGUCGUUGGGCAAGGCCAGCUACGUGGAUUGCUUCAAGGGCACGGUUGGCAAACGUCUCCUCACUGGUUGUUUGCUACAAGCGCUGCAGCAGUUGAGCGGUGUCAAUUUCAUCUUCUACUACGGAACCGCCUACUUCACGCGUGCUGGAUUCGAGAACCCCUUCAUCAUCCAGGUGAUCACCAACACCGUCAACGUGGUCAGCACCUUACCAGGCCUCUACCUGGUCGAAAAACUCGGCCGACGCAACCUCCUCCUCUGGGGAUCCGCCGGCAUGUGCGUGUGCCAAUUUAUCGUGGCCAUCACGGGCACGGUGUCCGGAACGAGCAACCUCCCGGCGCAACGUGCGGCCAUCGCCUUCGUCUGCCUGUACAUCUACCACUUCGCAUCGAGCUGGGGCCCCGUGGCAUGGGUGGUGACGGGCGAGCUGUUCCCACUGAAAGUGCGGGCGAAGGCGCUCUCAAUGACGACGGCGACCAACUGGCUGCUCAACUUCGCGAUCGCCUACUCGACGCCGUACAUGGUCGACGAAGAGCACGCGAACCUGCAAUCCAAGGUCUUCUUCAUCUGGGGCGCCUUCUGCGGCAUCGGCUUCCUGUUCGUCUGGCUCAUGAUCUACGAGACCAAGGGCCUCACCCUCGAGCAGGUCGACGAGCUGUACGAGAUGGUCGACAAGGCCUGGUUGAGCAAGAAGUUCCGUCCCAAGGUCAGCUUCCGCGACGCCAGCACCGCUGAGCAGGGCGGUCAGGACGGCAGGAAGAUGAGCCUCCGCCAGAUGAGUGUCGCGCAGGAGCAGCGUAGGGCCUCCCAGGCUAAUACCCAGACCUUGAAUGAGAAGAACGCUUUGUGA